GACGGCCCUGGGCUCCUCUGCUCCAGCGCGAUAACGGUAGCUCUGUGUUUUGCCCCAUCAACGAAAGUUUUGGGGGGCUUCGCAGUGUCUACAAGUCUCGGGUUCAAUCACCGCCCCGCGUGCAGCGCAGACGCCUCCACCAUGAAGAGACGGGCGGCCUCUCCGGCCAUGUCGGAGAACGAAGUCGACAUCGCCGGCUCGUUGUUCGCCAAUGAAGCCGGCAGCGAUAGCGACGUCGAAGUCCCCAAAAAGUCCGCUAACCUCGAUUUCGGAGACUUGCUGAACAAUGGCGACUCGGACGGUGGCGGCGACGGCGGCGACGACGACGAUGACGAGGCCUUCAUUGCUAUGCAGCAGCGGAGCUCGAACCGGAAAUCCUCUAACCUGCAGGGCAAGACGGUCAAGAAGGGCGGCGGAUUCCAGGCCAUGGGUCUCAAUGCGAAUCUCUUGCGGGCCAUCACCCGGAAAGGCUUUUCCGUCCCGACCCCGAUUCAACGCAAGACGAUACCCCUCAUCCUCGACAAGCGCGAUGUGGUGGGCAUGGCUCGCACUGGUUCCGGCAAGACGGCCGCGUUCGUGAUCCCCAUGAUUGAGCAUCUCAAGGCCCACAGCGCCAGGGUCGGCGCCAGAGCUCUCAUCCUGUCGCCCUCUCGUGAAUUGGCACUGCAAACACUCAAAGUCGUCAAGGAGUUGGGCAGGGGGACCGACCUCAAGACCGUCCUGCUGGUCGGUGGUGACAGCCUGGAGGAGCAGUUCGGCUUGAUGGCUACUAAUCCGGACAUUAUCAUUGCUACGCCCGGUCGGUUCUUACAUUUGAAGGUCGAAAUGUCCCUCGACCUCUCAUCUAUUCGCUACGUCGUCUUCGACGAGGCAGACAGGCUGUUCGAGAUGGGCUUCGCCACUCAGCUCACCGAGAUCCUGCAUGCUCUUCCGCCAUCGAGGCAGACAUUACUCUUCUCGGCAACCCUUCCGUCGUCCCUGGUCGAGUUCGCCAGGGCCGGUCUUCAAGAGCCCAGUCUUGUCAGGCUCGACGCCGAGACCAAAGUGUCUCCCGACCUUGAAAGCGCUUUCUUCUCGGUGAAGGGCGGUGAGAAGGAAGGCGCCCUUCUUCACAUUCUCCACAAUGUGAUCAAGAUGCCACUAGGCCCGCCGAAAGGUGCCGCGGAAGAGACCCAAGAACCACAAUCGAAGAAACGGAAGCGCGGCUCGGACCGGCCCGGUCGGAAUGAGAAGCCGACGGAGCAUUCGACUAUCAUUUUCGCAGCUACCAAGCACCACGUAGAAUACCUCUCGCAAUUACUGCGGCACGCCGGGUUCUCGGUAUCGUACGUCUAUGGCUCCCUCGACCAGACGGCCCGAAAGAUCCAAGUCGAGAUUUUCCGGAGGGGCAAGUCAAACAUCCUGGUAGUCACAGACGUUGCUGCUCGCGGUAUCGAUAUCCCGGUCCUCGCCAACGUCAUCAACUACGAUUUCCCCCCUCAGCCGAAGAUCUUCGUCCACCGUGUCGGCCGAACAGCGCGUGCCGGCCAACGCGGUUGGGCCUAUGCUCUCGUGCGGGAGUCCGACCUCCCGUAUCUCCUGGACCUCCAGCUCUUCCUCGGCAGAAGGUUGGUCGUCGGUCAGGAGGUCAAGGAACCAUCUUACGCGCAGGACGUUGUGAUUGGCACACUGAUACGAGCCGAGCUCGAAGACAACGUUGAAUGGGUGAAGAAGGUGCUCGGUGAUGAGGACGACAUCAGUGCUCUCAAGAAGGUCACGAUCAAGGCCGAGAAGCUCUACAUGAAGACGAGGAAUUCAGCCUCGAGCCAGAGCGUCAAGCGGGCUCGUGAGAUCAUCGCCUCCAAGAGUUGGACCCAGCUGCACCCCCUCUUUGGAGAGUCAGCCGCAAGCGCCGAAGAAGCGCGGGAUAGCCUGCUAUCCAAGAUCAGCAGUUUCAAACCGCAAGAAACUAUUUUUGAGAUCGGCCCUCAGGGCAAAUCGGCAAAGAACAAGGCGGCCGAGGUGAUGCGCAACUUCAGGGCCAGGGUUGGACCGCGGAGGACCGAGAAGAAGAACGACGAGGACACGGAAAUGGCCGACGCCGGCGACAGCGACGAUGGGUUGCCAGCCCAACAGAACGGGGGCGAACCCAAGGAACACGGGGAACCAGACGAAGACCGACCCGGCGCAGACGGGCCAGGCGCCCGGGAAGAGGACGAUUCGGAUUCCGAAUCGGAACUCGAGGUGACAGUGACGAGCAGUGCCAAGGCGAAGAAGGGCCAGACCUCGUUCCAGGACCCAGAAGUCUUCAUGUCGUACACGCCCCGGACCACCAGCCUCGCGGAGGAGCGGGCCUACGGGGUCAACUCGGGCGGCACCGCCCAGUUUGUCGAGGCGGCCCGCGACGCGGCGAUGGACCUGGCCAACGACGAGGGAGCCAAGGCGUUUGGCCUGCCGACGCGCCCCAAGAUGCGUUGGGACAAGCGGCACAGCAAGUACGUGGCGCGCGCCAACGACGAGGACGGGUCGCGCGGCGUCAAGAUGAUCCGCGGCGAGUCCGGCGUCAAGAUCGCCGCCUCCUUCCAGAGCGGCCGGUUUGAGAAGUGGCGCCGCGCCAACAAGCUCGGCCGCCUGCCCGGGGUCGGCGAGACCGAGAAACCCACCCUGGUCCGCCAGUUCGGCAGCGGGCCGGGCGCCCCCGGCGGCCGACACUACAAGCACAAACAGGAGAAGGCGCCCAAGGAGGCCGACAAGUACCGCGACGACUACCACGUGCGCAAGAAGCGCGUGGCCGAGGCGCGCGAGAAGCGCAUCGGCAAGUACAAGGACGGCGAGGGCAGCCGGCGGGAGCUCAAGAGCGCGACGGAUAUUCGCAAGGCCAGGUUGCUGAAGGAGAAGAGGAAGGAGAAGAACGCGAGGCCGUCCAAGAAGGCCAAGAAGUGAUGAUCUGUCCGGGCUUGCGGGUUCCUACUAAGAUGGAUAGUGGUGUUGGUCGGAAAAGAAAACUCUGGAAAGACGCAAUAGAGAGAGGUAUUUGCACGUUCUGCGA